GAAACGGGGAACAAGCUGAAACUCUACCAACGAAACAGGGAUCUCUUUGUGGUCGCUCUCCUGGAACAUUGGAAAAGAUUUAUCCUUUUGUGUUCCUCAUCGAGAUCGAGUUUGGAGUGACUCCAAACCCAUUUCAAAGCAAAGAUCUUUUGUCGUGUCGGACAGGUUCUCCGAUCAAUGUUUGCAUUCGCAUCCGUCUGAUUUUCUGUCAAAACCGACCCAUCUCGUCGAACCGUUCGGAGCCGACGCCGACUCGGGAGGACCCGCGAAUUCCUCAUAUCUGAAUCGAUCGUGAAUUUGGGUGUAGCGCGUGAAGGACAGAUGGGUUCUGGAAAAAGGGCUUCUUCCAGAAAUUGGGCGAUCUCAGGUUUGCAUGAAAAGCAUCAACAGGAUCUAGAAAAACUGACUCUGACCACACAACCCUUGAAAACCUUGAAGUUCUUUACCAUUGCUGUUUCGUUAUACAUUAGAAAAUCUGCACUGUAUCUUCUUUCCAAAGGCCGAUGGCUUCUGCUUUUUAGUACCGCCAUCUUAGUGCUUGGAACUUUGCUUGUGACGAAAGAUGGCCCACACACAAAGCCUCUCGAAGAACUGUCUGAGUACUUCCGAUUUGGACUAUGGUGGACCGCUUUAGGUGUUGCAUCCUCAAUUGGUCUUGGAUCUGGCUUGCAUACCUUUGUUCUAUACUUGGGUCCUCAUAUCGCAUUGUUUACAAUAAAAGCAAUGAAGUGUGGGCGAGUUGAUUUAAAAAGCGCUGUAUAUGACACAAUACAGUUGAAGAGAAGUCCUUCAUGGCUCGAUAAACCUUGCCAUGAGUUUGGCCCCCCUGUUUUCUCGUCAAGAGUUCCCCUUAGCAGCAUAUUGCCUCAGGUUCAGGUAGAGGCCGUCCUUUGGGGUCUCGGGACUGCUUUAGGCGAACUUCCCCCUUACUUUAUCUCGAGGGCAGCAAGUAUUUCCGGUGAAAAGAUGGAAGAGUUGGAUACCUCUUCAAGUGAAGAUUCUGGAUUCGUUGCUACUCGUCUUAACCGAAUCAAAUGCUGGCUAUUGUCACAUUCUCAGUACCUCAACUUCUUCACAAUUCUUGUUCUUGCUUCGGUCCCUAACCCGUUAUUUGACCUUGCGGGCAUCAUGUGCGGACAAUUCGGGAAAUCGUUUUGGGAGUUUUUCCUUGCAACGUUGAUCGGGAAGGCAAUCAUCAAGACACACAUACAGACGGUUUUCAUCAUAUGCGUGUGUAAUAAUCAGCUUCUGGACUGGGUUGAGAAUGAGCUGAUAUGGGCUCUUGGGUUCGUGCCCGGUUUGGCUUCAGCCUUGCCUGAGCUGACAGCCAGACUCCAUUUGAUGAAAGAGAAGUACUUGGUCGCCUCUCCUCCAUUAGCAUCUGAUAUCAAGGCGAAGAAGUGGGAUUUUUCGUUGGCGUCGGCGUGGAACGGAGUUGUGUGGUUGAUGCUUCUGAAUUUCUUCGGACAGAUCGUGACCGCAACGGCUCAGAGGUACUUGAAGAAGCUGCAGGAGAGGGAAUUAGAUGCCUUGACGAACAAGCCAUCUAAGAAGAGAUCCUCUUCCUCGAGUUAGUUCCAACUCCAAACCCUAAUCGACUGUGCCUGCAAUAUUCGAUUCUCAGAAACUCUUUUCGUCUGGCUGUCAGGGAAACAGAUAUCGAUUCUUUUUCUGUACGGACACACACACAUGAAAGAUGAAGAAUACUUCGAACUGGGUUUUAGUUGUGUUC